CUCCGCCCCCCAUCGAGCUCGAGAAGCUUCCAGCAGCUAGGGUUUCCUGGACCGAUGGCCGUCGCUGACGCGGCGCUGCCCUCGCCGCCGCCGCCCCCGCCCCCGCCGGCACGGAUCGUCGUCGUGGUGCUGGCGCUCGUGCAGGUCGCGCUCGCCCCGAUGCUGGCGCUCGGGCGCGUCCUCCGCGUCGCGGUCGAAGCGCUCCCCUACCUGGGCUUGGCCCUUGUGUGGAUUCUCUCCGCGGCCUCGGCUGCCAAGGUCGUGGCUCGCCGCGCCUGGGGCGAGGGCUCCGCCUCCUUCCUCUUCCUCCAGACGCUCACCUACGGGGCUUUCACGGUCUUGGCCUGCAGCUUCCUUGUCUUGCUCGCGCUUGGCGUCCUGCUGCUGUGCGGCCUGGGCGUGGCGUACGUGAUUGCGGCUGUACGACGUGGAUCCCGUCACGAAUCCAACAAGCGCGCCGUGGGAGCAACCACGCCGGACUCGGCUGCAGACUCAGCUGCAGGCUCCUUUAGUCUGCCCCGCACCGCGGUGCUUGGAUUCAUGGCAGAUGUUCCUUUCAUGCUGCUGGUUGUCGCUGGUUUUCUGGUAGCAGCAAUGUCGCAUGUGGAGGGAUCAGUAUCUCAGGGAGAAAUGGUUGGAUUUGUAAUCGUGGAUGUGGGGAUAUUUGCUAUGCACGCGAUAUCUUGCUCUGUUAUCGUUCCAGCUCUUCUACUUAGUUUCUGGAGGGAGGACCAGGCGGAUAGGAAAGCACCAUCGCAGUUUUGUUGAGUCUUCAAUUGGAUUAUUGCGGACGAAGCUAAGAGGAGAAGGUGUCCGGAGAAUUUUGCAAGGAGCUACAGUACCCAUUCUGCUGAUAUGGUUGUGAGUGAUCCCAACAGAUGCAACCUUUCAGAGGAAAAAGAGAGUUUCUGCAGACUUGCUUCUUUGUACCAUUAGUAGAUCCUAAUCGUCAUUAGCCAUGAAAACUUUUUGCAGACUUGCUUUUUCUGCUAUUAAUAGAUCCUAAUCGUCAAUAGCCAUGAGGUUUGUUGGGUCAUUAUGGGUCCGGUCAAGAUAUUCGAUACUCCUCUGCGCUACUCGCUUACAAGUUUACACUUGAGCAUUGGUGUAUAUAUGAUGGUCGAAUUGGUUCAUGCUCUCUUUGUAAUGCUACCUUGUUGGAAGAAAAUUCUUCCGUGAGACAUUAAUCUGGUGAUGAUUGAUGAA